UCCAACAAAGAUUUUCAUCAUCUUAACACAAACAAUGCCUUGUUCUUCUUCUUCCUUACUUUCUCUCUCAUCUUUCUCUCUCUUCCCUUCUCACACAAAACUCAACCCACCAAAACCAUCACUCCCUCAGCGCUUCUCAGUCAAAUCCUCCAUUGACAAGAACACCACCAACACCAAAACAAGUUCAUGGGUGAGUCCAGAUUGGCUCACAUCACUCUCAAGGUCCCUCACGAAUGGGAAAGAUGAUGAUUCUGGAAUCCCCAUAGCAAGUGCAAAGCUUGAUGAUGUUUCUGACCUUCUUGGUGGUGCAUUAUUCUUGCCUCUCUUCAAGUGGAUGAAAGAGAAUGGACCCAUUUACCGUUUGGCUGCUGGGCCUAGGAACUUUGUUGUUGUUAGUGACCCUGCCAUUGCCAAGCAUGUGCUCAAGAACUAUGGCAAAUAUGCUAAGGGUCUUGUUGCUGAGGUUUCUGAGUUUCUCUUUGGUUCUGGUUUUGCCAUUGCUGAAGGCCCUCUCUGGACAGCCAGGCGCAGGGCUGUGGUUCCUUCUCUUCACAAGCGAUACUUGUCGAUUAUAGUGGAUAGGGUAUUUUGUAGAUGUGCUGAGAGAUUAGUGGAGAAGCUACAACCUGAUGCACUCAAUGGAACUGCAGUUAACAUGGAGGACAAGUUUUCGCAGUUGACUCUUGAUGUUAUCGGUUUAUCUGUAUUCAACUACAAUUUCGAUUCGCUGAAUUCCGAUAGUCCUGUUAUCGAAGCUGUUUACACUGCAUUGAAAGAGGCAGAGGCUCGGUCCACUGAUCUUUUUCCAUAUUGGAAGAUUAACUUUCUUUGUAAGAUUAUCCCCAGACAAAUAAAGGCUGAAAAGGCCGUUAGUAUUAUCAGGACGACGGUCGAAGAUCUUAUUAAAAAAUGUAAAGAAAUCGUAGAAGCUGAGGGAGAAAGAAUUGAUGAUGAAGAAUAUGUGAAUGACACCGAUCCUAGUAUUCUCCGGUUCUUGCUUGUCAGCAGAGAAGAGGUUUCGAGUGUGCAAUUACGGGACGAUCUUUUGUCACUAUUAGUUGCUGGCCAUGAGACCACUGGUUCAGUGUUAACCUGGACCCUUUAUCUUCUAAGUAAGGAUUCUUCCGCAUUGGCAAAAGCACAAGAAGAGGUAGACAGAGUUUUACAGGGAAGACGUCCCGCCUAUAAAGAUAUUAAAGAUCUUAAGUUCUUGACACGCUGCAUCAUGGAGUCACUCCGUCUCUAUCCACAUCCUCCAGUGUUGAUAAGAAGAGCUCAAGUUCCUGAUGAACUUCCUGGUUCUUACAAAGUCAAUGCUGGUCAAGAUAUUAUGAUUUCUGUGUACAAUAUACAUCAUUCUUCUGAGGUUUGGGACAGGGCUGAAGAGUUUUUGCCGGAAAGAUUCGACAUGGAUGGGCCGGUGCCGAACGAGACGAACACGGAUUUCAGAUUCAUUCCGUUCAGCGGAGGCCCUCGCAAAUGCGUCGGCGACCAGUUCGCAUUAUUGGAAGCCAUAGUUGCUCUUACAAUCUUUCUACAGAACAUGAACUUUGAGCUGGUUCCUGAUCAGAAUAUCAGUAUGACUACAGGAGCAACAAUACAUACAACAAAUGGUUUGUACAUGAAACUGAGCAAACGGUAGACAAGGUUAACAUUAACUAUUUCUUAAUUAACGAAAUUGUUUAAUAAUAAUAAUAAUCAUCAUAUUAUACUCCUAUGAUGUUUCUUUUUCCCCCUAGAUGAUUAGCACAAAGGUACAUGCUAAAUAUCUAGUAAAUAUGUAUUCAAUAGAAAUUCUUUUCAACAAUUCAAUCAUUCAUUAUAAUUUCUAAAUGCUGUAAAAAAACUGAAUUGAAAAGUGAAAAAGUACUCUUUUUA